UCCGACUGGUUGUCCUUGGCCAACUUCACAAAAACAAUCAGUAGAAUUAACCGCCGUUGAGCUCCGUUCCAGAAACGUUUGUGGUUGCCAAGCACGUUUUUACCAUACACAUGAUAUUAUUUGGAAAUGAGGGAUGAAAGCAUUGGGUACAUGGCGUCUUGGAAGGGUGUCUUUUUGGAACACUUGAAACAGUUUUCUUUGUCUGAAUUUCCCAAAAUAGCGUUAUUCUUUCUAUUCUUGUAUUUCUUUGUUCUGGAGUACACGGGACCCAGUCAUGGCAUGGAUUUUGGUGGGGGAUAUUCUCGAGGAAAUCGAUGCAUCAAGACUAUAUAUAUAUACUCAGACGCAUAUAAAUAAAACAGCGCCGGUCUUCUAACCUUCUCCAUUCGA